AUGCAAUUAACUACAGUCUUCAUGAGUGACGAGCCUGUAAUACCUGAAAUAAAUCAUCAAAAUGUAGACGAUGAUGAAGAAAAUAAUGGUAAAAAUCAAACAGAAGAAACUGAUAAGAAUCAACGUUUACUAACAGCUUCACCGUCAAAGACUAGCAAAUCAAUUCCUCGUUCGCCAUCGCCAUCGCCUCGUCCAACAACAGCUGGCCCACCCGAUCGUGCCUUAAAUCAAAAAUUUCAUGUUGCUGCGUUGACCGGAAAUCUAGAUGUGUUACAAGAACUAGUAACCAAAGCCCGUAUACCAAUCGAUUGUCGUGAUAGAGAAAACUCAACUGCUUUAUUAUUGUCAUGCGCGCGUGGACACUAUUCAUGUGCGGAAUAUCUAUUAGCCAAUGGAGCUGAUCCCAAUGCUCGACGUCUGACAGGUGCAUCGCCACUAUACUUUGCUUCUUCGUAUCAUCACACACGUAUUGUUGAACUUCUACUAAACAAACACAAAGCGGUUGUGGAUUUAUCAACAUUCGACGGUUCAGCUCCCUUACACGUUGCUUGUGAAAAUGGCUUUGCUGAUAUUGUUCAGCUCUUAAUAAGUGCACAAGCGAAUGUAAAUGCAAAAAUGAACGACGGAACAACGGCGGUUAUGUUAGCAUGCCAAAACGGACAUUUGCCUGUUGUACAACUGCUCGUGUCAACAGGUCAAUGCGAUUUAAAUUUAAAACGUUUGGAUAGUGUUACGCCAUUGCUUCUUGUUGUUCAAAAUGGCCACGAAGCUAUCUUCGAUUAUCUCCUUGCCAAUGUAGACAAUAUCAAAGAAACAAUUGACUUUCCCCGCGAAGAUGGUGCAAGUCCGAUAUUCAAAGCGUGUCAAAAAGGAUACGAAUCAUUGGUUAAUAAACUGCUCAAAUUUAAACCAAACCUUGGUUUAUUAAAAAAUGGAGAAUCGUGCUUACAUGCUGCAACCAUGUUCAAUCACGCAUUGAUUGUUCGUAGUCUUCUUGAUAAUGGCGCGAAUCCGCUGCUGAAUAACUGGGAAGGUAUGACAGCUGUCGAUUUGGCUAAAGAAGCUCAAAUCAAAGAUAUUCUGGAACUUCUAAUGAAAGCAUUAGCACCCAAGAUGACCGAACAUGGUCGACAAUAUCUGUUACACAAGAGUACGCGACGAAGUGAUGCUGACUUCGAUUUAGAUUUAGUUGAACACGAAGAACGUGACGAAUGGAAAUUGUACAAGAGUUUGAAGUCUGCUGCUGAAUUAGAACGUUUAGAAGAAGAAAUUGAGCAUAUACCAGUGCUUCCAGACCUACCAGCUGGCAAAGGAAAGGGCGGUGCGAAACCCCACCGGCCACAUCGUUAUCACUCGGCACCACAAAAGAAUUGA